UCUCUUUUGAUUACGUGUGAGUUGUACGCGUGAUUCGCAAUCAGCGUGUUUUUUUUUUUUUUUAACAAUUGGUGCUCCGUUGUUUCAUCGAGUUUGAGAAGUUUUCCGAAGGACCGGCUCGGCUCGGCCCGUUGGCUGUGGUUCGGUCGAAGCACAGGGGUCCAAUUAGAGGGAGACACACGGCGACUUCCGUUCUGAGACGGUCGACUUCGCGAAAGUGGAGCGGCUACGCGGGAUCCGGUUUCGGAAGGACGGAAAAAUAUGAGCAUCUCGUAAAGUCGGUUAAAGUGCAGCUUCAGACACUUUCAGAAGGGGUAUACCAUGGAGACCGAAGAACUCACUAGGCUCGUAGAUGAGAUCUACAAGAACAUCUUGGAUAAGUUCAAUCCAGGCGCGAGGCAGCUGAUCAACGCCGGCAAGGCAUAUUUGAAGGCCCUUCACGGUGCCGCAGCCGCAUCCCGCGUCUACGUGGACGCAUUGUCUCGAUUAGCACGCCAGGCGCAACUGGGGACGUGGGGUGGUUCCAAGGAUGUCGGAUUCGCGCUGAUGAGGAUCGUCGAGGUCUACAAGGAGAUCCAGGAGCAGGAAAUGAAUAUCUUGAAGGCGUUCUACGUCGACCUACUGGUCCCACUCGAGACGAACCUGGAAAAAGACACCAAGGUCGUUCAGAGCGAGCAGAAGAAGUUUCUUCAGCAGCACAAGACCAGAUCCGAAACGUACAGUAAAGCAGCAGCAACGAUGAAGAAGCAGCGGAAAAAGUCGAGGGGUGCUAGCAAGAGUGGACUCGCCAUGGACAAAGAGCUGAAGAAUAUGCAGAUUCUUGAGGAGGAGAAGUCCAAGCUGGACGCGUUUUGUGAGCAGAGCUUGAAGAACGCGAUGACACAGGAACGAAGGAGGUACGGCUUUGUUCUCGAGCGACAAUGCUCCUUGGCGAAACAUUAUGCGAGUUUUCAUGAGGUCGCGUUAGCUGCUCUUCAUCCCUCGGUUGAUAAGUGGCGCGAGGUGGCUGCUACCAGGGAAUACUUACCCCAAUCCGUGGAAGAUAUGUUCGCCUCAAGACUUAGGCAAGUUUCAUUUUGGCCAGAGGACGAAGAAAAUGGCGGCUCAGAGCUUACGAUGAGCUCACAAUUGAGGAAGACCAGAAGCAUGGACAGCUCUUGCUUGGAGCUUCGACCUGGACCACCAUCCGGAAACGUGUCGAGCACCACUUAUCAAGGUCCCUCUUCGCACCUAUCAACUGCUCUGUCUAGAGCAAGGUCGGAGGCCAACCUACAUGCUUCAACGUUAUCUUUAGACCCGGAGGUUCCGGAAACCCCACCAAGGCCGAGGUCUAUGGCGCCGCCAGUAUCACGCAACAGCGGCAGCGGCGGCGGGGGCGGCAGUGGUACAGGGGUGAGUUCUGGUGGUUGGGGGGAUGCAUCCCUCGCGAGGGCUCUCUUUGCCUAUUUGAGCUCCGGGGAAAAUCAGCUGAGUUUCCUGGAGGGCGAUCUCAUCGCGCUGAUGGGAGAUCGCCAAAAGGGCUGGCAGUUUGGGGAGAAUCUCCGCACGCAGAGCUCCGGUUGGUUCCCGCUGGCGUACACAGAAAUUAUUCCCGACGAUACUCUUGGAUCGCCGAGUCACGGAACAAAUAAUGGACGGGCAACGGAGCCGCAGGCAGGUCCACCCUGCAAGCCUCCACCCUCUCGACCACCAGUGGCACCGAGCAACAUGGACGAAAUGUCGAGUGGUUUCCACGGAGUAGGAAACAACAACGUCAACAACAACAGCGGUACCCCUACUAAUGUACCGAACAGUAACAGUUCUCACAAUCUGGCAACACCUACUGCACGCCAGUCGAAAUCGAUCCGUCCAUCGGGCACGUUGCCCACCGUUUUGGCCGGUGGCCGCAGAAUACAACCACCCGCACCGCCAGUCCCGCCACCUCAGGUGGUGACGUCCCUUCACAGCAGCAACGACAGUGGUUUCUCAAACGAGCCACCGGCGCAACCCGACAUCGACUACAGCGACGACGAGGCAAAGAGACAACGCCGAAGAAAGCCGCGCGCCGAUAGAAUCGCCGAGGCCGCGAAGCAACAGCAGAAGGACGAGAAAUCCAAGGACUGGGAGAACGAUUCCUGGAAGACGAUACCCAGGGACGAGAAAAGCUGGCACCUCUACAGAACCGCGAUGGACCUGUGGGCUGAGUCGAACGUCAAUCAGAGCAACGAGAACGGAGGGUACAACACGAAUCGCCACUACGACAGUCAGGAUCGCAAGAACGAGAGGGACUACUCGGAUCGUGGGACAAUGGAGAACGGACAGACGCGGAAGUCCGUGAAGAAGUCGCAGGAGAAGACCCAGAAGAACGAGUACGAUAAUCGUAACCGUAGCAGUGCCAAUCGCAAGAACAAGAUGACCAACGAGGAUCAGUCGAGGACCAAUUCCAGAAGGAACAACGAGCAGGAGCAGGAUCGUCGCGAGACGAAAAGAUCCAAGGAGCCCGUGGAGACUGAAGAGGACGAGAUAGAGCUGGAAGAAGAGGAGGAGGAGGACAGUUAUAGCACCAGGAUGGAUUACCAGAAGUACGAUGGGAAAAAGUAUUACGGGGAUAGACCAGACGGCCAAGAGAGGAAUUCUAGACGUAACUAUCACCCUGUGGAACAGGAGGAGCCGAAAUACGAGAACGAGAAGACUUCUUCCGCCUCGUCCUCGGGCACAGACGACGAGAGCACCAUCACCAUCCCGGAAACUGGCAGGAAAGUGGAGCACAUCGCGCAGAAACUGGAGCAAACCGCCCAGAAGUACGCCAGGGAGCACAGCCCGCCGAAAUUCAUCGAGCGGAGGAACGACUACAGGAGUCUCGAGCGCAGGGAGGAGAAACAACCGCCGCCUCCCUACGAGAGGUACAACGACGAGAGAGGUCGUGGACCGCAGAGAUUCGAGCGUGAGAGGGAUCGUUACUUCGAGAAGUCGCCCCCAUCGUCGCAAAAGACUUCUACUUAUGAAAGAGAGAGGACUUUCGAAAAGAAUCCCGACAGAAAUAGGAACAUCGAGCGAGCGUCGAGUCGACGCUUCGAGAGACCUAGGCCACCCUCCGAGGAAGCGCCAGAGAGACCUACGGAACCAAGGCAUGUUUACAGGGAACGCAGGUACUCCGAUAAAGAGGAAGCUAUUUACGGGGAGACAAGGUUCGUUCGCGAGGUGUCUGUGGACAAGGAGCGAGGCUACGAGUCCAACUUUGAAACGAAACUGGAAAGGACCAAGGUGAUAGAGAGGCACGGUUAUCAAAACGUGAUCGCGCAGAACAGUCUUCAGAAGUUUAGAAACGGGCCUCAGAGUCUCGAGAAGAACGACACGAAUAACAACACCCUGAAGGACGAGAACACGAAACCGUUGCUGCCUAGGCAGACGACUGCUGUUGGCCAUCUGAUACAAACAGGUAGGGCCUUCGAUGUAGACUCGAAGAGUCCGAAGUUAGUGAAGAGGACGAAGUCGUUCUGGAGGUUCAGGAGGGAUUCCGAUGUCCUGGAGGGCAUGGCGCUCUGGCAGCACAGGUCUCUUGUUGAUAUCCCGAAGAUGAUUAAGAAAGAGGUGAAGGAAGGCAAUGGUAAUUCUACGGAGACGAAGAAGCAGAGUCCUGAGGGCAGUCCCACUUCUCGUCAGAGUAUCGAGACCAGGAACAGUGAUACCACCAUCACAAACGAGACCAGGCAAGACGAACCCAAGCCUGCAGAGAGGGUCCACGUGCCAGAGAAAUCUGACUACUUCGAAGACUUUCCAACUCCCGCCGAAAGACCCAAGGCUGUUGAGAGGUCCGAGUAUCGGAUGCAUCAAGAGGAGAGGUCCUAUUUCAUGGGGAACGUCUCGCGGAAAGCCAUCAUCGAGAAGGAGCGGAAGCGUAGCAUGGAGGCCAAGCGGAACAUGAUUGUCGCAGAGUUGAAGGAGAAUAACGAAGCUAAAAGAAACGAGAGGAGAAAAAAGUACACGGACGAUGAGGACGGUUUGACUCAGAACUUCAGCGAGACCGAGGCGUCCGACGAAGAGUCUACGUACAGCUGCAUCGUCGUCAAGGAUCAAACUGUCUCCGAGAAGACUCUUCUACCAAGGACCAAGCUCCGAAGGGACUCCGAUAGGGAGAGGGAUAAGAACAUGUGUGGACCUUGGUACGAUCUCUGGGGAGUGGACGCCUCGGUGAAUAAAAAGAAGAAGAAGAAGCAGCAGUAAAUCUUUAAAGAAAUUAUCUUGUAUUCUCUGUUUUAUUCGUUCGAGUAUCGGAGGCCAGGUCGAGGCCUCCUCGGUCUCCCGGUGAAUUAUAAUUAUAAUCAUAAUUAUAAUUAAUUCGAUGAAUUUAUCGAACUCGGGGAGACGCUUGCCUCUGGGCUCGAUGAAUCCGAAGCUAACGUGACAAUUGAAACGCGAAACCGUUUUAUGAUUUCGUCCUUGAGAUUUUGUUUUUAUCGUUGAGUUACAUUCCAAUUCGAUCGUCAUCAUGCGUACCUAAUCAUUUCGCACCUCGAAUGACCACGAGUCUCUCAUGUAAUGCUUCCCAUUGCUUGAUCUUUUUUUUGUUUUAGAGCGUCCUCUCUUUUCUUACUUGUAAGUUUAGUCACCGUUUGCCACGUUUUGCGCUUUCGUCGACGCUCGUUUAGAAACCACAUCGACGCGUUGACGUUAAGCGAGCGCAUGGAGCGAGUCAGAAUGAGACCACGUCGACGUGUGGCUUGUAUGGCGACGGUGAAAACAACGUUAUGGAUGGUGAUUCAAUCAUAACUCUUGUUGGAACCGUCGUUGCAGGAUACUGUUGUAAUUCGUUGAUACCUGGAUUGCUUCUGUAUACUGGCACGUAUUAUGUCGUAGUCGUUUUAUUAAUGUUUGUUUUUUGCUGGCAUAUCACCCUGGCAACCAUUUUGCACGAGUGUGUUGAACAAAGUGUUCAAUGUUUUCUUACAUGUUAAAUUAGAGAGGAGAACUGUUAGAGAAGAUCUAAGAAUGAAAAGGCAGUUGACUCCAUUGAUGACAUUUGCUUGUGAAAAUUCGUUGUAGCCUCUGCAAGCACUAUUUUUAUUUGAAUAAUGAGUUUUGAAGGACAUCAGGUAUAAAAUGAAAUGAAAUUGCUAAUAAAUUGCUUUUAUGAUGACGUUGGCUUGGGUGGCUGUAUCGACAAUACUCUUAUGGUAGUGUAAUGAAAUAAACAGAAAGAAUUUUUAAGUGAAGCUAAUUUUUAUGUUUGCACGCAGAAGAAAAUAUAAUUAAAUUUGUAACGGAACAUGUAGCAGAUUGUGAUUACACAAAAGCGUAAAUAUGUUCUUUCAUUUUCCGUCUUUUCAUUUAUAAAUACAAAUAUUUCAUAUGCACGUGAAACCGAACUUUUUUCUGCCUUUAUUCGAGAAUUUUGUAUUCAUGUUCAACGUUUAAAUGAAAUUCUUGCAUUUAUAUUGAUCAUCCGCCUCGCGCCGUAAACACAGAUAUGCUUUCAACUUGCAUCUUAAAAUUUGUUUUUGACGCAUAUUCUUGUAUUACUUCCCCCUAGCGCAUUUAAUUUGAUAUCUACGUGAAUUACCUCUUUGGUAGAUAUUUUUAUAAUUUUUCAUGAACA